UCGCUGACGCUGCCCUGUGUCAGCACGAUUACGCUUCCUGUGAAAAUGGGAUAAUAACAUUGGUACUUUUUAUUAAAGAAGUUUAUAUGUGCACUCUCUCUACUUCAGAUUAUUGAGGACCCUGUCCACGGCCCCAUGGAGUUCAAAAGCGACGUGCUGCUCAAGAUAAUUGAUACACCGCAGUUCCAAAGACUUCAGGACAUCAAGCAGCUCGGCUGCAGCUUCUCUGUGUUUCCUGGAGCAACACACACCCGAUUAGCGCACUCACUAGGAGUGUGCCAUCUUGCGGGUGAGUUCCUGCUCCCCCUACAGAGGAAUCAACCGGAGCUCGGUAUCAAAGACAAAGACAUCCUUUGUGUACAGAUCGCUGGUUUGUGCCAUGACCUGGGACGUGGACCAUUUUCUCACGUCUUUGAGAAUGACUUGCUUCCUAGACUUGGAAUCAAGAACAAGAAAGGCGAACCGCUGAAGCACGGUGACCUGACAUUGAUGAUGUUUGACCACCUGAUCGAGGAGAACGAUCUGAUGGACACGUUUAAACAGCAUGAUAUACAGGAGAAUGAUAUCCUGACUAUCAAGAGCAUGAUGGAAGGAAACGUUGAUGAGUGUAAUGAUCCGAGAAAACGCUUCCUCUUCGAGGUGGUGGUCAACAAGCGAAACGGAAUCGACGUCGACAAGUGGGACUCCCUGGCCCGUGACUGUCAUCAUCUUGGGAUCGCCAACAACUUCGAUCACAGGAGGUGCAUGAAGUUUGCCCGAGUGAUCCUCGUACCCGAGCACAAAGUCGAGGACGACAAAGGAGGGCGGGUGACUAUUCCAGAGGAACUGCAGAUCUGCUUCAAGAAUAAGGAAGCAGAAAACUUGUAUGAGAUGUUCCGCGGUCAACACACGCUACAGAGGAAAGCUUUGAAGCACAAAGUAACCAGUGUCAUGGAACACAUGGUCAUGGAAGCCUUGAUGAAAGCCGAUGAGCAUGUGAUGAUCUUUCCUGGAAAAGAUGGGACCAUGCUGACCAUGACGCAGACCCUGGAACAGCAGGACAUGCACGCAUUCACAUACAUGACUGAUACCGCCAUAGACCAGGUCCUGUCUUCGGGUGAGGUGGAGCUCAACGUACGUGUAGCUAAGGAGAUUGUGAAGAGGGCCAAGGCGAGGGAUGUCUACACGAGCGCCGGUGAUGUCCUCAUACCGCCACUCGCCAAACUCCGGAGUCCGGAUGAAAUCGCUGAAAAGAUCUCCAAGGCGGAUCUGGGACUUCCCGCUGAAGAUCUGGCAGUUAGAGUGGUGAUCAUCAACUAUGGACAGAAAGACAAGAACCCGAUGGACUCUAUCCGGUUCUACUCCAAGGAUAGCCCAGAUGAUGCAUUGGUCCUCGGAGAAGAUGAGGUAUCUUGGGUCAUUCCCAAGAAAUUCCAGGAGCGCUACGUUCGUCUCUACUGCAGAAAACCCGAGCAAGCCGCCAAGGCAGGGGAACGCUUCAAAGAUUGGUGUAGAAAGAAAAACUUCCCCAGAAGAGAAAAAGUGGCAAAGGUGCAAUCUUACUUGGGAAUAUAAUUAUAUGUUGGUAUUAGAGAGGUUUAUUUUGUAUUUUAGGAUUGUUUGAAAUUCGCUACU